AGAAGUAUAGAUUGCAUUGACAACAUUUUUGUUCACAUCAUCAUCCUUAAUUCCCAUCAAACCAACAAUUCUUGAAUCACAGGAAUCAAUAAUAUGUUGUCACCAAAACAUAGUAUUGCUUCAAUGCUGAAAUCAGUAGUAAUUUCAAGCCUGAUCGUGUUCUUAUUCUACAGUUUCUUGAGCACCCACCCUUAUUGCCAAUCAUACAAAAUCUUCCAUAAAAGGCUGCCAGAAAACGCCGCCGCCGAUCAUCUUCUAGAAACAUCUCCGACAAACAUCACCCACCUAGUAUUCGGAAUCGCAGGUUCGUCAAACACGUGGGGGAACAAAAGAUGGUACAUAGAAUCAUGGUGGAAGCCAAACACCACCCGGGGCUACCUCUUCCUGGACACCCCUCCACUCCGGCACCUCCCAUGGCCGCCCACCUCGCCGCCGUUCAGAAUCUCCGACGACAACUCCAAGUACCUGCAGCCCAACAACCGGCGCCGCACGCCCUCCGCCGCCAUUCGGAUGGUGCGCGUGAUCCAGGAGACAUUCCGGGCGGCGGAAAACGGCGGCGGGGCGCGGUGGUACGUGAUGGCGGAGGACGACACGGUUUUGUUCGUGGAAAACUUGGUGGGUGUUCUGUCGAGGUAUGAUCAUAGGAAGAUGUUUUAUAUUGGGAUGAACUCAGAAUGCAUUAUGAGAAACUAUGAUACCUCGUUUGGAGUGGCGUUUCGUGGAGGUGGCUACGCCUUGAGCUAUCCUCUGGCGAAGGCCGUGGCGGAGAAUAUGGACGCUUGUAUCAAACGGUAUCCGUUUUUGUUCGAGAGCGACCAUAUUUUGCAGUCGUGUAUUGCUGAUUUGGGCGUCUCCCUCACUCAAGAAAAGGGUUUUCAUCAAAUUGAUCUAACCCAGGACAUUUCUGGGCUGCUGUCAUCCCACCCACAUUCCCCAGCUCUUUCCCUGCACCACCUAGACGCAGUGGCGCCCAUCUUCCCAUCCAUGAACCGACAAGAAGCCCUAAAACAUCUCAUGAAAGUCGCCGAGGUUGACCAGCCACGUCUGCUACAACAAAGCGUCUGCUACUUGAAGAAAAGCAACUGGAGUUUUGCUGUUUCCUGGGGCUACUCCGUACAAAUCUACGAGCAAUUCAUCCCGCCCAGCGUUCUCCAGAAGCCCCUGGAAACGUUUUCCGAGUGUCGGAGGGGAGCCAGGCCUCCUUACAUGUUAAACGCCCGGCGGCUGUCGAAAGACUCCUGCGAGGCUCCGCAUGUUAUUUUCUUCGAUUCCGUCGAGGAAAGCGUGUUUGACCAUGUCGUCACGACCUACUCCAAGCGAUCCCCGCGUGGGCUGCCGCCCUGUGCCAACAAUUCCGCCGACGGCAUUGCCAAGAUCCGCGUGCUUUCUCCCAUGAAAAAGCUUCAACUGGUUGGAAGCAGAAGAGAAUGUUGUGAUAUAGUUGAGAUAGUAGGGAUGGAUACAAUGGGAAUAAUGCUAAGGAGUUGUAUGAAGAAUGAAAUAGUUGGGUGAAGUUAGCUUAGCUAGUAUAGGUUGCAUUCCAUCCAUCUGCUACAAUAAUAAG